UCCCUCUCUUUGCUUCCCUUUCUCUCUCUCUCUCCAUCUCUCUAGAUCACUAUCUCUCCUUCUGGCUCAAUCACCACAAACUCACAAUCAAACUAAAAGUAAAAUAAAACCAGAAACCCUCCAUCUGAGUCAGAAGCUCUCAUUCUCUCCCUCUCUCUUCUGCAACACAAAGAUGGACGAGAAGUGGAGGCUGUCGAAAAAGGAUGCAUUAGCUGCGUCGUGUUCAUCUUCUUCAACUUCAUCUAAAUCCAAGUUCUCUAGAAGCUUCUCCACAAGCGCUUCCUCCUCAAAAGCUCCUGCAUUCGUACGGAGCUCAUCCACCAAAUGCUCAGUGCCUUCAUCUUCGUCGUCUUCAAUCUCAAGAAGUUCAUCGAAAAAAGAGAAAGGGUCAAUAACACAAAAGUACAGUAGCUUGGCCAAAGAACAGAAGGGAAGGUUUUACAUCAUGAGAAGGUGUGUGGCUAUGCUUGUAUGUUGGCAUAAACAUGAUUCCUAGGUAGAUAUAGAUCUCAUGCAUUUUUAUUCUCUUUUUUUGAAUGAUUAGAUCAGUUUGAUUCUCUACUCUAAGUUGCCACAAGUUUCCAUACUAGUACAUUGUAAGAAGAGAUUCUUUUUUGAUAAUAUAUUACUAUUAAUUUUGAU